AUGCCACGGCCCAAAGUCCACCCGAGCCAGCGCCAGCGCGCCGCCGAAGCAUGCAACUUCUGCCGCGCCUCCAAGAAGCGAUGCAGUGCCACCGUCCCCUGCACCGCCUGCCAGCGGCGCGGCAUCGGCGACUCGUGCUAUCUCACCCAUCGGCCUCGAGGCUCCCGGGCGGUGGCGCCGCUCCCGCAUCCGCCCCGGACGCGGGCCUCGGCCGCGGAACAGGUCCCGGCGUCGUCGCCGCCGAGCGGUGGAGACGGCAUCCCGGAUGGCCUUGGCAAUGACGAUGCAUCGAUAGAAGAAUCUGCGUGGGGCCGAGCUGGCUUUGGACAGAUGGGUGCUCCGGAGUGGCCGGGGUCUCCCGCUCCGGAACCAGAGUCUCAUGCUCGUAUGCUCCUCAAUCUACGAGGAGAAAGAGUGUACAUUGGCGAGGCUGCGUCUCUAUCCUUUCUUCAGCUCAUACGAGAUACCGUAACGGCCCAGAUCGGACCGUCGCAGUUCUCCCAUAAUGAGAAGCGCGACAGUAUGCUGGAGACGGAGCCUUCUGCGGCUGGCUCGAGCGGCUUGGAGACAGCCAACUGUGACAUUGACCUGGAGGGCAGUCUGCUGUACACACGGACAUUCGAAGCUGCUACUGGCGGCCUGUUGGACGUGUUUGGGCCAACAGAGAUAGACGGUCUCCUCGUAAAAACCAAAACUGACGAAGCUCCAUCCCUCAACCCGUGCCAACAUGCCUCCGUCGACCUCGUCAUCGCCAUCGGCGCCCAAUGCAAGUCUCCCAUGGACGCGCAACAGGUCGGGCCAGCGUACUUUCGGCAAGCACAGCACCGUGCCUUUGCCGGCAUGCUGGAGGAUCCAAACGUCGACAUGGUGCGCGCAUUUCUCCUCAUGGCCUUUUACAUGCUUGGCCAUUGCCGGAGAAACACGGCCUUCAUGUACCUGGGCAUCGCGGCGAGGGCUGCGGUCGCUCUGGGGAUGCACAGCCCCCAUUCGUACACGGACUUGGGGAACCCAGUGUGUCAACGGAGGCUGCACAUCUGGAUGAGUCUCUGUGUUCUGGAUAUGCUUGUGAGCUCUAUCCUGGGAAGACCGCCUGCUACAGCUGGUCUCAGGGCGGAGCUUGACGCUACAGUCAUCUCUUCAAGUGGCCCGUCGGCUACGCGCCAUGGUCCACGAACCGCUGGCCUGUUUGCAUCCUACGAGAUACUCACCAUCAUCAACGAAAGCGUCGACGCACUCUACGGGAGGAAGGUUUCGUCUACCACCAUGGUGGAGCCAUUCUUGAGCAAAAUCGAAGACUGGAGCAAACGACUGCCCAGCUUUCUCCGCAAUCCCCUCAUGUCUUCAAAGGACUCGUCAACCCAGAAGGCUGCGACCGACAGCAUACACAUCGCCUGUCUCUACUACUUUGCCAUCACUCUGGUCACUCGGCCCGUGCUGAUAUCAAGGCUCACUUCUCGCCCAGACAUUGCUACACCUUCGUCUUCACCCCUGGCGUCUGCCUGCCUUGACGCGGCGGUAUAUCUCGUACAGACGUGCUCCGAGGCGCACAAAUCCGGGCUACUGCUGGGAAACAUGUGCAUACUGAAGGCCUUGAUAUUCGCCGCUGGCCUCAUCCUCGGCUUCGACAUGUUUGCGAAAAAGGAGCUCGACUACGAAGUCGAGGUAGCCUUUCGCAGCGCCAAAGACGUCCUCGACUUCCUGGGCAUCCAAAGCCCCCAAGCCAGCCAUUACUCGGAAAUCCUAGGCCUGCUGUCCAAUGCCAUCAUGAAGCGGCGGAUGGAGCUCUCGUCGCGGCCGCGAAGCAGAUACGUCGGGAAGCUGCUCUCUUUCAACAGAGAAGGCGGCGACCCGGGCCAAGAGAAUGGCGCUGAGAAUGAGGAGGCUCUGGCGGUUGAUGACCAUACUACAUGUAAUCAUGCUGCAGGGGUCUGGGGUGCAGAUAUGGCGGCCCAAGGGGCGGAGAUGGAUGGGGAUGUGCUGCGAGGAUGGGACGGUCUGGAGCUGUCGCAGUGGGAUAGCUUUCCUUUUUUCAAUCCGCGGGUAUUCGGAUUCUGA